CUGCCCCCAUUGGCCACUGAAGUCCGUGGCAUCCGGAAACGAACCGGCGUUAAAAAUGCGUUCGUUUUUACCUGCAGUGGCCGAACAGCUUUUUCGAGAUAUUCAAAAGACACACCAGGAAACUUCCCAAAUUCCUGAUGACCUGCUUAUUGCGCUGAAGUUUGUUUUUGGGUCGUGUGCGCUGCAGGCUUUGGACCUUGUUGACCAUCAUUCAGUCACCUGUCUGUCUUCGCCCAGUGGACGCAAAGCAUUCCAGGUAAUCGGAGGCUCGGGGCGUUUGUACACUUGCUUUGCGUCCUGUCACUACUGCCCGUGCCCGGCCUUCGCCUACAGCGUGCUGCGCAGGAACGACGGCCUGCUGUGCAAACACCUCCUGGCCAUCUACCUGUGUGAGGCCGUAGGUGGGACUCUGCAGGAGAGCGUGUCCGACCAGCAGAUGUCCGCGCUGCUCAGCGGGACAGCAGCCCCGUGACCCCCCAGGUACGUGCAGCGCGGCAGGCGCGCUGACGCGUCGUCCUGGGACCUAUGGAUGAGUUUUCUGCUCCUUCGUUUUUGUCCCUCUGAAAGGCUCCAGAUGUUGCCUUAUUUAUUUAUCUUUUGGUAGGGAUUUUAAUCGGUUUCGGGGUAAACUAUGCAGCUGUUCAUCGAGCAUGUUUGCCUUUAUUUUUAGGCUCUUCAGAAACAUUUACAUCCUCCAAUGCUUCCAAUGUGUAACGUGUAAAAAUAAAUUGUCAUAUGGGUAAAAAUUGAAAUGAAGGAAUACAGACUGAUCUGUAACAAUAUAAACAUUGCCUUUAUCAACAAAAUGAUUCACCAUACACACAGGUUGUAUCAUGUUAAAUAUCAGUAUCCGCUCGCAGUUGGAGUUUUGUUGAAUGAAAUAUAGGAUGGCCUCUUGAAAGGUUGAGCUUGACCGCGGUGGAUGUUUCUCCUGAUUAGAAUAACAACACUGGCACACUGACAGGUACUUCGGAAUGAAAGGCAGGAAUGUUGAACCAGAUCAACAUGUUUUUGUCCAUCUUACCUUGAAGAAUCACAAAAGGCAAUAGUUUGACAUUAAUCAAUAGCUUGUAGAAAGUUGGAUACCUACGGUACAUUUCUCACACAACGACAACACAACAGUACAGUGCAGUUAUAGUAUAGAUGUCUCUGGAAUGUACUAAAACUUUGGCACAUUCCUGUAUUUAGCCCUUGGAGGUGUUACACAACGACAAAUGCAGGGCGAUGGUGAAUAGUGGAGGCUCACUACGUCUUAGAACACCAACACGACAUGGUUCAACACCACCAGUAACGCACACUAAACAGGAACUAGUCUCAAAUGUCAGUGCAUGUGUUUUCAUUUGCGUAGUGAUGGUUCCGGGGUAACCCUCGUUUUUUUUUUUUACUGGUUAUUCUCUAAACAGAACUCUGCUCGUUUGUUAUAUUAAUCACCAUAUCCAGAUUUCUUACGUUCCAUAAGCACAACUGGACCGUUCACGAUAAUGCUAACCCCUGCCACCACACAAAAAUAAAUAACACAAAUACAAAGACAGCGCACAGGUGCUUUAAGUUUUGUGUUGCCUCAAACAACGAAUAAGUGUAACGAUUAAA